AUGGUGGAACUGGGCACAGAUCGCAUCAGGCUCCACGACUCUCUCGUCUUCCAAGCGAUGAGUCGCCUCUCUGCAGCAGACCAACAGCAGCCCUGACUCCUGACACCUCCCAGCCCUCAUCCAGUCUGUCUGCAACACCUCCGGGCUCCUGUCAGGCUGCUGCUACUGGCCCUGCUACAGCUCAGCUUGGAGACUGGCUUUUCUCUGCCGACCCUCGACCCCCUUCAGUCUAUGAGCAGUGGGGCAGCUGGAGUUGAUCACUUAGUUUGGACUUCUCUCUGGACGUGGCUCAUGUGGACUUGCUGCUGCUGCUGAAUUCCUCCUCUUCUCCGAGCACUUUGGGAAUUUGUUUUAUUUUUCUCCUCCAAACUUGCCCUCCUCCUCCUCCUCCUGCUUCUUCUUGCUGCAGAGUCGCUGCUCAGAGGACGGGAACUUUGUAUAUUGUGCAGCUCUAAGCCUGUGGCGAAUGGUGGGAAUCUCAAGCACCUUCCAGUAUCGCACUGAGAAGCGUUGCACAAUGCCAGACUCACCUGUGGAUGUAAAGACACAGUCCAGGCUGACGCCUCCAACAAUGCCGCCUCCACCUACGAUGCAAGGAGGGCCAAGGACCAGCUCAUUCACUCCCACAACAUUAACAAAUGGCACAAGUCACUCACCAACAGCACUGAAUGGAGCUCCCUCACCUCCGAAUGGCUUUAGCAAUGGGCCUUCAUCUUCUUCUUCAUCAUCACUUGCCAAUCAGCAGCUGCCUCCGGCUUGUGGCGCACGGCAGCUCAGUAAGCUCAAGCGAUUCCUCACUACAUUACAGCAGUUUGGCAAUGACAUCUCCCCGGAAAUAGGGGAAAGAGUGCGCACACUUGUGCUUGGACUGGUGAAUUCUACAUUGACAAUUGAAGAAUUUCAUUCCAAACUGCAAGAAGCGACUAACUUCCCACUGCGACCCUUUGUCAUCCCAUUUUUGAAGGCCAAUCUGCCCCUGCUACAGCGGGAGCUUCUGCACUGCGCACGGCUGGCCAAGCAGAACCCAGCCCAGUACCUCGCUCAGCAUGAGCAGCUGCUUCUGGAUGCCAGCACCACCUCACCUGUUGACUCCUCAGAGUUGCUUCUCGAUGUGAAUGAAAAUGGGAAGAGGAGAACUCCAGAUAGAACCAAAGAAAAUGGCUUUGACAGAGAGCCUUUGCACUCAGAACAUCCAAGCAAGCGGCCGUGCACUAUAAGCCCAGGUCAGCGGUACAGUCCAAAUAAUGGUUUAUCCUUCCAACCCAAUGGACUGCCCCACCCGACCCCACCACCACCUCAGCAUUAUCGUUUGGAUGAUAUGGCCAUUGCCCAUCACUACAGGGACUCGUAUAGACAUCCCAAUCACAGGGACCUCAGGGACAGGAAUAGACCUAUGGGGUUGCACGGAACACGCCAAGAAGAAAUGAUUGACCACAGACUGACAGACAGAGAAUGGGCCGAAGAAUGGAAACACCUUGAUCAUCUGUUAAACUGCAUAAUGGAUAUGGUGGAAAAAACAAGAAGAUCCCUCACUGUGCUACGGCGUUGCCAGGAGGCUGACCGGGAGGAACUGAAUUACUGGAUCAGGCGGUACAGUGAUGCGGAGGAUUUGAAAAAAGGCAGCAGCAGCAGCCAUUCCAGACAACAGAGUCCUGUGAAUCCAGAGCCUGUUCCUUUAGAAUCACAUCGGGAAUUCCUUCACAGGCCAGCUUCUGGAUAUGUGCCAGAGGAGAUCUGGAAGAAAGCUGAGGAGGCAGUCAAUGAAGUUAAACGGCAGGCAAUGGCAGAGCUGCAGAAAGCCGUGUCUGAAGCAGAGAGGAAAGCACAUGAAAUGAUAACUACAGAAAGGGCCAAGAUGGAAAGAACGGUUGCAGAAGCCAAACGCCAGGCAGCGGAGGAUGCACUCUCUGUUAUCAAUCAACAAGAAGACUCAAACGAGAGCUGCUGGAAUUGUGGUCGUAAGGCGAGCGAAACCUGCAGCGGCUGCAACACUGCGCGGUACUGUGGGUCAUUUUGUCAGCACAAAGACUGGGAGAAACAUCAUCAUAUUUGUGGGCAGACUCUUCAAGCUCAACAACAAGGGGAGACACCAGCAGUCAGCUCUUCUGUCACCCCCAGCAGUGGAGCAGGAAGUCCCAUCGAUACACCACCAGCAGCAACACCAAGAUCCACCACUCCUGGAACCCCUUCCACCAUAGACACAGCUGCCCGUUAAUUCUAUUUAAAAACAGAAAUAAACUGAAUUGUUCAAAAACAUUAAAGACACAAUGAAACUAAUUCCUCGUUUUCAGAUGUUCAAAGAUUAAAAAUGUACUGUCACAAUUCAAUACGACGCUUACAAUGAACUUCUUUUAUGUGGAAGUAGUAGAUACAGAAGGGCCAGUAACGGGUCACAUGGACUUCUUACAGAAAACAAAGAUAUCUUUUCUUUAGAAAACUGAAAGAGAGCAAAGAAAUAUAACUCAAAGAAAUGCUAGAUUUGACCUCUUCCCUGGUAUUUUUCACUAGCUGGGAUUUUAAACUAGAUGACCUCAUUAAAAUAUGCUUUACCAAACAGCAAACCAAGAGAUUGCUCAUUGCUGUUGAAAGCAAGGGGGAAAAAAUACAAAAAUAUGAAAACUAAAAUCACAAUGUUCUUUAUAAAAAUGAUGGAAAAUAGAGAGGAACCCCAUUAAGGGCCGUAGCAUUGGAUAGAGCAGUCAGCAUUUAACAAGGAGAUGAAUGGCGUCCAUAGGUAACUGACUGAACUUUGAAGACCCGCUACAAAAACUCGCAGAUGUGCAGCAGAUUGGAAGGACUCACAGAUGUUCAUCUUUUUUUUUUUUUUUUUCAAACAUGUUUCUGAAAAAAAAAUUCAUAAUAUCCAGGUCAACAGAAUGAAAGGAAAAUAAAAGAUGAUUUGCAGUGGGAUGUGUGACAACAGCACCGAAGGGGGGGGGGGAUGCAAAAAAAAAAUAAAAAAUACAAGGUUUCUUUUGAAGAACUCGGUGGCCGCAUUUAAUUUACACCCUUGACAUCAAGCAGCUGCCCUAGAUGACCUUUCAACAUUUCUUUACAUUUGCAAAGUUUUACAGAGGAAGACAAUCCAGUCUAUUCCAACUAAUUUAUAUUUUUUAUUGAAAAAAAAUGAAAUUUAAAAAAAAAAAACCAGGCUCAUACACAGCGGCAACAGCUCCAACCCACUUCAGAUGUUCUCCAUCCCCUCAUGUGUGGAAUAAAAAUUCACAAAAAAAAUAAAAAAACUAGUCGUUCUCUUGGUGUUGAAAACACGCCUGUCCUGUGAGCUUUUCCCAAUGGUGUUUUUUCUUGUAAAUGUGUUGGACAAAUGUGAAGAACCAUUGUAGUUUAACCAUGCCCGCCACAUUUAAUCUCUCUUUAUUCCUAGCUGGUGAGACUCUUGUAUCUUUCUACGCUGCUUUUAUGUAUAUGUUAGUGAGAAAUCUCUUGUAGUACAAAAACCGCCCUUAUUAUGAUUCCUUUUUUUAUUUCUUUUGUCAUCACAAGAGAAAAAUGAACGCUAUCUGCCGGAGCUGCUAAUUCACUCUUCUAGAAUUUUUCUUUUCCUGCAAACUAGCAUGCUUCACGGAAUGCUAACAUAUCUGUGUUUUUGUAGGAGGGGAUGUACAUAAAUGUAUUUUUGCACUGUCACAAUGACUCCCUAGGCAUGCAUUUUUUUUUUAUUUUUUAAAAAUUUCACUCAAUCUAUCGAGAAUUUUUUUUAAAAUUUUUUUAAGAUUCGUGUAAUAGGAAUUUUUUUUUUCAUUUCGAAUAAAUGAGUUAUCACGCAAUAUAAAAGGGCAGUGCAUGCGUAUUGCUGUAAGAUAACUUUUAUUUCUGAUUUUUAAACAAAAUAUUGAUAAAUACGAGUUCCAAAUGCCGAGUCGUAGAAUGACAGCUUUAACACUGCUGAUAGUCAGGUCAUACAGUAUUCUACAUAAAGGGAAGUUAGCCAAAGACUGAUCUAAUGGACCAAAAUCUAAUUUUUUUUUUCAAGCACCAGUUCUAUGCUCCAAAAGAUCAGCAGGUUAAACAUGUUCAGUAAGGUACAGUGUGUAUUCAUUUAGCCUUUUAUUGUGCAGUUUCCAGACCAGAACUGCUUGUUAGUUGUAAUUGGGGGAGUCCGGGAACUGGCUAUGUGCUUUCAAAUACAGAAUGAAGCCAACAGAUUACAACAUAUACAAUAUUUUUAACAUAUAGGGGGGGUAUUUACUAAACUCUAAAUGAUAAAUCCCCCAAAAAUUUUGAUUUUUUAGUAUAAAAUCUGACUUUUUAAAAAGCAUGAAUUUAUUAUACCCCGAGGAUGGAAAAGUCUGAAUCAGAAAAUCCGUGACAUUUACAGAAUGAAGCCAACAGUUUACAACAUAUACAAUAUUUUUAACAUAAUGUGUUUAGUAUAAAAUCUGACUUUUUUUUGGAAAAGUCUGAAUCAGAAAAUCCGGGACAUUUACCGAAGGUAACAGCUAGGCUAGAGGGAGCAGGGAGGAAGGUCUAUGUAGGGUAGGUAGGGGUUUUUCUAAUUAAGGGUUUGCUUCUCCUUUAAGAAAAUAUGGUUGUAGCCGGUCAUUGCUCCUGAUUAUGGUAUAUUUUGCUUUAAAAGCACAUAGCCAGAACCUUGGAUGAGUUGUUUCUUGCCAUGGUGCCCCCAAAAUUCAUUUAAACUCAUGUUGUUUUCUUGUCUACAUUGGACACUGGAAAUACAUUUAAUUGAGGAGCUUCUCUAGGAAGCACUUAAUGAAUCCCACAAAUACUCUCAUCUUAAAUCCAUUUAACAAUCAGGCAAUGCCGUUACAAAAAUCGAAAAAGCAUCAUUUUUUUGGACACCCAUGUGUAAGACUCAAAUUAGCACAAUAUGUCUCAUUUUGUUAAUUCAGGGCACCCUGACCGAAAAAGUUAAAAAGCCUCCCCUUCUUGAUUCCAAGCUCUCUCUCCCCCUCCUCCUUCUCUCUGUCCUUCCUCUUCUUUUGCUACAGUCUCCUCAGUGGCAAAAAAAAGUUUCACUCUACCUCUGACAGCAUGUAUAUUGCACCAGUUGCUAAGAAAACUGGUCUAGAUAAACCAAAUGGGCACACAAGAACCUGGAUACCAAAAGUUACGCUCAUACAGCUGCAAACCAUAUCCCUUCUUGGUAACAAUGCAGACCUCAUAAACCUAAAGAAAAAGAAAAAAAAAAGAAUAAAAAAAAAAACUUUUGUUACUUUCCUUUUUUUGCUUGUCACUUAUAUACAGGCUAUGCGAGAGUAUAAUUUGUAGGUAUAACACACUGAAAAGAGUUAACUUCAUUGGAUAUAUCUAAAUGGUGGUCACAGAUAGGAAUAGGGCACCCUAACCUUUUCUUUCUCCUCUCCACCUCCCUCCUUCUCUCUCUGACCCUUCUCUUUAAACUGUUGGGCUUUGUCAUGGGACUGUAUGACAGGGCCGCCUGUUGUGUUUUUCAAGUUUUAAUUUUGUGUAGGUGCAUGUCUUGGGGAUUUUCAAAAUACAAGGCUGGUUUACUUAUGCAAAGCAUGCCUAAGUCUGGAAUACAUAAAGUUGGGGUCAGGGUGGGCAAAAGUGACUUCAUGUUGUCCGAAUUCUUCAAGGGACAGUAAAACAAAUUGGAGACUGUUGAAAUGCAAAUUUUUUUUUUGUAAUUUUAAAAUUUAUUUUUCCACUUUGGGUUCUGCAAGGUUAUUGUGAAAAAGUUGUUGUGCAAUACUUAAUUCAGACACGUACCACAAGUUACUGGUAGACUAACACUGGGUGGGUAUGGGAGACAUCAUGCUUUCGUCAGCAUAAUCUUGAGCUUUCAAGUCUACUAUGUCUGAACUGUGGUUUCUUGUUUAUCCUUUUUCUUUAGUUGGACUGUAUUGUAUGGUCUGUCAACCUGUGAAUCUUUAAAGUAUGAUUCAGGUAUUGUUGUAUUCUUUACUGUGUAAUAAAAAUGUCAAAAAUUAUUGUUUAUUGUAUAUAUGAGAUGUGUCAUUAAAUAUUACAAAAUUCACUA